UAAGCAAAAGCAUCCCCUUACAGUUACUCUUACCUGAAACAAAGAAAAAAAAAGGUGUCAAAAUCAACUCAUGUCUUUGCUACUCAUCCCUACCUGAUUAUUACAUUACAAAGUUUAGUGCUUGAUUUAAAAGUGAUGGCGGCAGACUUUCAAGAAUCAUUUAGCAGCAGCAUUAGCUUUCAGGCAGAUUCUUUGCACUCGUCCAUAUCAUUUGGAAGAUUUGAGAGUGAGGACUUGCCUUGGGAGAGAAGAUCGUCUUUUUCUCACAAUAGGUAUCUCGAAGAGGUUGAGAAAUGCUCAAAACCAGGUUCUGUAUUUGAGAAGAAAGCUUAUUUUGAAGCCCAUUUCAAGAAAAAGGGUAUUCUGCUACCAGGUUCCUUUGAUGGCCUAAAUGGUAGAGGAUGCCAGAACGGGGAAAAUGAAAAUGAUGGUCAUGAAAACUUGGGUCAAGGAGAAGAAGAUUAUAUUUUGGAUGGAAGUUGCAAUUAUUUUCAUUCUGAAGAUGAUGAACUGCUGGAAAAUGUGGGCUUCAACGGAUUUGAUAACGGAAACGACGGGGGCGAAUUUGAGUAUGUACAUGACGAGAAUCAUCAUGCUCACUUUGAUGAGAGUCCUGUAGGUUCUGAAUAUCACGGAGAAUGUGAAGUCAUUGAAUGUCAAAAAGAGGAUCCUGUUGUUUUGCCUUCUGAAUCUCGCUUGGAAGCUGCUGUGGACGAUGCUGAUGUUUUGGUCAAAGGCGUGGAUGAAGAUGUUAAACCUGAGGAAGUACAUCAAAUUGAAACCAUGCGUGAUGAGUUGUAUCUCAACAAUGACAAACAAGAAAUGGGAAUGAAAUAUAACCUUGAGGCUAAUGCUGCCAAUGUAGAUGAAUCGUCUACGGAGAUUGAUCUGUCUCCUAAAUGCGGAACAACCAAGGAUCUUGACAACACUAGUGCAGGGCAUCGACAAAAUCUUUCUCCGAAGUCGAGAGCUUCUGAUGAAAGUAAAUCUACGAAGCCCAGAAUGAAGUCUCUGAUUAAUGGCAGUCAAGUCCAGAAGAUCCUUGACAACGUCACAGAAACUGCUGCAAGAAAUCAGAAUGUAAGAGAAAGAGAAACACCACAAAGAGCAAAAUCAGAAAAGCAGUCAUCACGAACUGCCACUCCUACUAGACGUGUGUUGCAUAGAGCUAAAAACAAAGAGAAUUCUGAAAGUGGCAAUUCAAGGAUACAUCCUGUGAAUAAAAGUGAAAAGGAACCAAGAGUGAAGAAAUUUGAAUCUCCAUCCUCUAGAUCAAAAAGAGUUGAACCUAUUGCUCAUCUAAGCCCAAACAGAACUAAGCAGAAUGCUAGUUCAAUAAAGCCAGACACUAGGCCAAGUGCCUCAACCUUCAGUUUCAAGAGUGAUGAAAGAGCAGAAAGGAGAAAAGAGUUCUAUAUGAAGUUGGAAGAAAAAUGGCAUGCUAAGGAGGCAGAAAUGAAUCAGAUUCAGGCAAAAACACAACAGGAAAAGACGGAAGCUGAAAUUAAACAAUUCAGGAAAAGCCUUAAUUUCAAAGCUACACCCAUGCCUUCAUUCUAUCAUGUAGCUGUACCACCGGCCUCCAAUGAAAACAAGGCUUCAUUAUCUAAAACCAAACCAGCUAAAGCACGGCACAAGUCAACAAGUCCAGCGAGUGGAGCUGCUGCUAGGCCACAAUUACUUUCCAGGGCCGGAAAAGACCAAGCCCUCUCUGCUAAUGAAUUUGUGAAAACAACUAUUCAGCCUGAACCCUCAGAAAGAACCGAUCAUCCUCCAACAAAGGUUUCUGAAGCUCUCGAUACUUCACCAACCAACAAUAGCAGGCACAAUCCAGAAGCUCUAACUAAAACUGGUGUCACUGGUAAGAACGAGAGAGGAGGGAAGGUGAAGGAUCCUAAUUUCCAAAGGCAUCGAGUAUCAGAAAAUACCAAAGUACCAAAAGACCCAAAGUUUGAGGGAAAGGCAAAAAUGGGAAACCACAGAAGUAGCAGUGAGAUGUUGAGGAAAAGUAUAAAACGCAUUGGAAGUGAAGGUAAUUCUGGAAUGGGACAUCUAGCUGUUGGUGUAGCCUCCUGAACUGAGCGGUUGUGACCAUUUUCGAAAUAUACUACACAUUUGUAUAUCAAGGUAUUGUUAGCAUGUUUGGUACCAUGAAUUUGAAUACAAUUCCAAGAGAAUGAAGGUCAUAUUGGGGUGGGGUGAGACCACACUUGUUCUUUA